AUGAAAACAUUCAAAAGAAUAUUUUCUAGAAAGAAAGCUAAAGGCGAGUCUUCUAUUAUUACCCCAGCAAGCGAAACUGUUAAUGUCGAAGCUGUUAAUGUCGAAGGAAAUGCUGAAGGUACUUCAACUAAUACGAAACAAAAAAGUGUGGCCACAGCUAAAGAUACUUCAGCUCAAAUCAUCGAGGGAUUAGACUCCCUUCAUCUUGAAACUCCACCCGAAACUGUGGAUUCCCUUCGUGCGUAUGAAAAAGAUACUGAUGAGGCACAGAGAUUUUUAGAUCGUAUGGGAAAUGAUUUCAGAUGGCCUACUUCUAUGCCCCAAAACACCAGAGAUCAAGUCUUCUGGGUUUUCACUGAUAUCGAUGUAACCGAAGAUGAUAAAGAAUACGCGCUCAAUUGCAUUUAUUUUUACAAUAGUCUUGACAAGGGAAUGUUUGAUGAACAUAAACAGGAUUGGGUACUGGUGUACAAGCAGAGUGUGGUUGAAUAUGGAGAAAAGAAGUCAAAUAAGCAACGGUCAGAUCUCGAUCGUGAAAUGCCUGGUGCCCUUUAUCUCCCAGUAGAUUCAUUACUUCGUGAAGAAUUUCUUAAUCCUAAAAUUCCCGCAGCGAGAGCAGUACUUUCCCAGCGUUCUGCUGAUGGGGGAGAAUAUAUGAUUCAAGCUCGAGUCAAAAGAGUUGGAGACGAAAAUACAAAUUUUAUUACUCUUGCUUAUCGAUUUAAUGAUACAAAAAAUCGGAAUAAACUUUACAAGACAGUUAUUGAUACAGGUGCUCCAGAAACAAUACUACCCUACGAAGUCCGUUCAUACCUAGGAACAGCUGGAUGGGAAAGACAAGCGGUAGUUGCACCUGGAUAUGGAGCACCUGCUAAAUUGUUUUUAGCUACAGGGAUGAUAAUAAUUGGAGCAGAUGGGUCCAGACCAAUACGCUUCGGGUGUGGGAACGAAAGGCCGGUGACCAGGUGGAUUCUUCCCUUAUCGGGAAUGAUGUACUGGACCAAUUUACUUAUGUCCACCGGAGUGGAGGAGGACUUUUUUUCUUGA